UUACAAGAGGCAGUAAAAAGCUGCGCUUGCAAUAAACUAAGGUUCCUUUGUGUGAGAUUUUUCCAUGAAUGAAAUAGCAGUGUAAAGACUCGAUGUAUCUGAAUGAUUGCCGGGUGUGCUGGUCUCUGGUACAGCAGGGGUUACUCCCAGCCCCGCCUGCAUAGGCCUGUCCAACAAGGCAGCGUUUCCUGUGAGUCUGAGAAGACAGUUCAAACCCAGCAGGGAAAGUUCAAUGAACAAGCAGCAGCCUCUCCAGAAGAGCCAGAGCCUUGCAUGCCGGAGCUGUCAGCGAGAAGAAUUGAACUGGGGGUUAAACAGCAGACACUGAAGGGAAACCAAAAAAAAAGGAAGAGGCUUUGAGGAAGUAGCAGUUAUUCCCCAGCUCCCCCUCCUUUCAUCUGGCAGAGUGGCAGAAGUGAAUUCUCAGCAGCGCUUGGCGCUCGGAGACAACAUGUUAAGGCAGUAGGUGCUUUGGGGGCAACAAAAGUGCGUCCUUCAUCUUUAGGGUUGGUGCUCUUCUGGGUGAUAUUCACAGGUCGGUUUCUGUCAAGGAAAAUGUGCAGCGGGCAAGCAUGACCCAUACCUCCCCGUUGCAUUGGCUUGAUGUAAUUGGGCAUAGAACUUUAUGGAGUGCAAUCUGCCAGCUACCAUACCAAGGAUGGAGGAGGAAGAGGAGGCCAUCAGCUUUCUGGACCGUGUUCUGGACGAGGAGGAUGUCUUUUACGUAGAGGAUGGAGAAUGUACUACCCCAGUGAGCCCGGAUGGGAAUUCUACAUUCCCGGAAUCCAAGGGUGAAAGUGAGUCGGACAAGGGGCUGUUGAUGAGAAAGCUCGUCCUGUCUGGGGUUCUGGCAAGUGAAGAGAUCUAUAUAAAUCAGCUGGAAGCUCUGCUGUUGCCCAUGAAACCACUGAAGGCCACUGCCACCACAUCUCAGCCUGUUUUAACCAUGCAGCAGAUAGAUGCCAUAUUUUACAAGAUUGAAGACAUCUACGGGAUCCAUAAGGACUUCUACGACAACCUGUGUCCCCUUGUUCAGCAGUGGGACAACAAGACCACCGUUGGUCACCUCUUCCAGAAGUUGGCCAGCAAGCUGGGAGUCUACAAGGCCUUUGUGGACAACUAUAAACGUGCUCUGGAUACGGCUGAAAAAUGCAGCCAGGGCAACACCCAGUUUUACAAAAUCUCCGAGGAUCUGAAGGUGAAAGGUCCUAAGGAUUCAAAAGAAGUGCCAACAUCUGUUACCAUGGAAGCACUGCUGUACAAACCCAUAGAUCGUGUGACCCGUAGCACACUGGUCCUGCAUGAUCUUCUUAAACACACCCCCACUGAUCACCCGGACUACCCAUUACUUCAAGACGCCCUUCGUAUUUCACAGAACUUCUUGUCGAGCAUCAAUGAGGAUAUUGAUGAAAGGAGAACUGCAGUCACAACUCCAAAGGGAGAGACCCGGCAGCUGGUGAAAGAUGGUUUCUUGGUGGAGCUAUCUGAAAACUCACGCAAACUGCGGCAUCUCUUCUUGUUUACAGACCUUCUCCUUUGUGCCAAGCUCAAGAAGGCAACUGUUGGGAAGCAUCAGCAGUAUGACUGCAAGUGGUACAUCCCCCUGGCCGACCUGGUGUUUCCUUCCCCAGAGGAGUCCGAGCCAAUCCCCCAGCUCCACGCUCCCCCUGACCAUGAGAUCGAAGAGACAAAGGCCAAGAUCUCAGUUCUUAAGAGUGAGAUUCAAAAGGAAAAGAAGUCCAAUAAAGGCUCCAGCCGUGCGAUCGAGAGACUAAAGAAAAAAAUGUUUGAGUAUGAGUCAUGGCUGCUCCUUUUCUCUCCCACCAUCCCUUUCCGCAUCCAUAACAAGAAUGGCAAGAGCUAUCUAUUCCUGUUAUCCUCUGAUUAUGAGAGAGCCGAAUGGAGAGAAGUCAUCCAAAAGCUACAGAAAAAAGAUCUCCAAACAUUUGCACUCAGCUCCGUGGAGCUUCAGUUUCUUACUGGGUCCUGCUUCAAGCUGCGAACGGUUCACAAUGUGCCCAUUAUCAGCAAUAAGGACGAUGAUGAGUCUUCUGGACUAUAUGGGUUUCUGCAUGUCAUCGUUCAUUCUGCCAAAGGAUUCGACCAUUCUGCCAAUCUCUACUGCACCCUGGAAGUGGACUCGUUUGGUUAUUUUGUCAGUAAAGCCAAAACCAGAGUUUUUCGUGAUACCACAGAGCCGGAGUGGAAUGAGGAGUUUGAGAUCGAACUGGAGGGAUCCCAGUACCUGCGAAUUCUCUGCUACGAAAAGUGCUAUGAUAAGACCAAGAUGAACAAGGAUAACAAUGAGAUUGUAGACAAGAUCAUGGGCAAAGGGCAAAUUCAGCUGGAUCCACAGGCUGUCCAGAGCAAGAACUGGCACAUGGACGUGAUCGAAAUGAACGGGAUUAAAGUGGAGUUUUCCAUGAAGUUCAGCAGCCGGGAUAUGAGUUUGAAAAGGACGCCCUCCAAAAAACAGACCGGGGUGUUUGGUGUAAAAAUAAGUGUCGUGACAAAACGCGAGCGCUCCAAGGUGCCAUACAUUGUGCGUCAAUGCAUAGAGGAAGUGGAGAAAAGAGGAAUUGAAGAAGUUGGAAUUUACCGAAUAUCCGGCGUUGCCACAGACAUCCAGUCCUUGAAAUCUGCGUUUGAUGCCAAUAACAAGGACAUUCUUAUGAUGCUGAGCGACAUGGACAUCAAUGCAAUAGCCGGCACAUUAAAACUUUAUUUCCGUGAGCUGCCAGAACCUCUCCUUACAGACAGACUGUACCUGGCGUUUAUGGAAGGAAUAGCUCUUUCUGAUCCAGCAGCCAAGGAGAACUGUAUGAUGCACCUUCUGCGCUCCUUACCUGACCCAAACCUAAUGACCUUCCUCUUUUUGCUUCAGCACUUGAAAAGGGUUGCAGAGAAAGAACCCAUCAACAAGAUGUCACUCCAUAAUUUGGCGACUGUGUUUGGACCUACAUUACUGAGGCCAUCGGAGGUAGAGACUAAAGUUCACAUGAACCUGGCCUCCGACAUCUGGUCACAUGACGUGAUGGCACAGGUCCAGGUUCUGCUGUACUACAUGCAGCAUCCACCCAUCAGUUUCUCGGAGCUGAAACGAAACACAUUGUACUACUCCACUGACGUGUGAGCGCGGAUCCCCCCAGCCGGGAGAAGGUCAGGGCAGCCCUGCUCCUCUGUAAAUUUCAGAGACAUUUUCAGGUUGGAGUAGAGUGUGGGAUUGACAGAGCAAACUUGCGGCUCCGAGGAACCUCCAGAAUUUGCUUGUGCUUUUCUUGAAUCCCUUUGUACAGAAAUAGAAAUGUGGAAGCAGGAAGAAUGAACCAGCACUGUGCUCCCCGUGUACCUAGCUGUAUUUUGUAUAUUGGUGUUCAGGCUUUAUUUUAUGUAGAAUCAGGAGGCAUUGGUGGAGCAGAGCUGGGACUUUCGGGAAACCCUGCGGGCCUCUGGGCCCUUUUAAUCUGCCACAUUUACAAACUUUGUGCUGAUGACGGCAUCCUGAAGUGUACCUUGAGAAUAAUUCUUCACUUUGGGGGCCAAAAGGGCCUGGAAAGGCUCCUCUAUUUGAGAGCCAUCAAACCACAUGAAUAGUCAGCACUGCCACAGUUUGCCUCACGCCGUGUGAGCAGAUCUUCCGUCCACAUAUUUUUAAAUAUAAAUAGUUGCCAUGAUGGUCUUUUUUUCUUCAACAUAUUGUGACUGAACGUAGUCCCAGUGAUUUCUGGUCUUUUUUCCUUCUGGUGGAGAUGUCACUUGUGAUUUGCUGCUUGCAAGGGGUGGUACGUUUAUAUAUUUAUCUGCUACGGCUCGGGAAAGAAAUACUAGCAUCCGACAUGUACGGCACUUGGAAAGAGAAGUCUCUAGUGUAACCAGCAGGAAAUAUAUAAACUCGGCAUCGCUAUGGUAACAAAAAGGAAAUACACAGACAAUUUAAACUUGUGUACAUUAAAAAAAAUGUUGGCUACAA